CCCAGCAAUGCCUGGCCCCUCGUCAUCAAUGCCGCUGUUGUGCCGCGGUGGCGGCCACCCCAGCAGCAGAAGCCGCCUUAUCGUCAACAAGCUUCCGCUUCUUCCCGUCGCCGCCGCCGCCAACCGCCGCCGCGCAUCCCCUCCCCCGUCGUCAUACGCCCGACACCUCGCGACCGUCUCGCCCGUCAACCCCGCGUCGCGAAGCCACCGCGUCGUCGUCGUCGGCGGAGGCAGCGCCGGCCUGGCCAUCAGCCACCAGCUGCUGCGCUCGGGCAGGUUCGCCCAGGGCGACAUCGCCGUCGUCGACCCGGCCGAGUGGCAUCACUACCAGCCCGGAUGGACGCUCGUCGGUGGCGGCCUCAAGUUCAAGGAGGACCUGCGCCGCCGUCUCGACUCCCUCGUCGAUGCCAACAUCCGCCUCUACAGCCGCCCCGUCGGCGCCUUCGCCCCCGAUGCCAAUGAGCUGACCCUCGCCGACGGCGACAAGCUGACGUACGACCAGCUCGUCGUCGCCCCCGGCGUCGCCAUUAACUAUGGCAGCGUCAAGGGCCUGCCCGACGCCCUCGCCGACCCCAGCGCCCCCAUCUCCUCCAUCUACGGCUACGAUCACUGCGACAAGGUCUUCCGCACCGUCGACGCCCUCCGCCAGGGCCGCGCCAUCUUCACACAGCCCGCCGGCGUCAUCAAGUGCGCCGGCGCUCCCCAGAAGAUCAUGUGGCUCGCUCUCGACCACUGGAAGCGCGCCGGCCUCUACAACGCCAACAACAGCGACUCCCCCGUCCAGGUCUCCUUCGCCACCGGCCUGCCCGUCAUGUUCGGCGUGCCCAAGUACAGCGCCAAGCUCGACGAGCUGCGCCGCCAGCGAGGCGUCGAGGGCCUCUUCCAGCACGACCUCGUCGCCGUCGACGGCAACCAGGCCACCUUUGCCCGCCCCGACGGCCAGCAGCAAGUCACCCGGCGCUUCGACCUCUUGCACGUCGUGCCCAAGAUGGGCCCCCACGCCUUUGUCAAGGACAGCCCCCUGGCCAACGAGGCCGGCUACGUCGACGUUGACGAUGGCACCACUCGCCACAAGAAAUACCCCAACGUGUGGUCCGCUGGCGACGCCUCCAGCCUGCCCACGUCCAAGACGGCCGCCGCCAUCACCGCCGAGGCCCCCGUUCUCGUGCGCAACCUGCUGCGGGCCCUCGACGGCCAAGACCCCGACGCGCUCUACGAUGGCUACACUUCGUGCCCGCUCCUGACCGAGUACGGCAAGGUGCUCCUCGCCGAGUUCAAGUACGGCGGCGUGCCCAAGGAGACGUUUGACGGCUGGCUCGGCAUCGACCAGGUCGAACCGCGCCGCGCCUUUUACCACCUCAAAAAGGACUUUUUCCCUUGGGUCUACUACAACUCCAUGGUCAAGGGCACCUGGGGCGGGCCCAAGGGCUGGGUCAACUGAGGCGCCCGCGGCUCCUAUUGGAACCCAAGACUACCGCCCGCCGUGGCCCUUCGGCCGCCCGACACAUGUCUCUGACGGGAACCAUUUCGUCAUGGCCGCGUUUACAUGGCCGACUUUAGCCGUGGGUAGGGGGUAACCCUCAUCACCGGCAGAAUGCCUACAUCGGCACUAGGUAUCGCGAGCCUGCGAGUGCAUCGCAGACGCGAGGCCGACAUCUCUCUCCGCCCUGGCCUUGAGCCAUGCCACCUCCUAACCACCAUCGACACCUUCCAAAGGAGUAGUCAGAACGCGAUUUGCGAUGGAAGCAGCCGUGGGCACCUGAAUAUCAGCAAACAUCAAUCAGCACGAACCCUUUGACAUUGGGAUCAUGUCGAAGGACGUUUAAAAUCUCUCGGGUACGUACGGCACAAGGUGUCUCGCAGUGACGCUUCAUAGGCAGCACUGUCCCGAAUAUGAUUUGAACGUUUCAUGUCUUCCAUUGACGCGCCGUGCUCUCGUAUAUGUCCUUGCCCUUGCCAAUUCCCCCACGGCUUACACAAGCUAGACUUUACUGCACAGCAUGUGCCUCACCACCCGAUUUGACGCCCCGGCCAGCUAGGGAUCUGUCGCCCUGCAGAUCUCACAUUGCCGUCCCGUACUCAUGACUGCUUUUUGUAUGUGCUGCAUUCGGCGUGCUGUACUGUAUUGUCCGGAUAGCGCACUGAUCCCAUCCAUCCCCCGAUACCUUGUCAGUGCACGCACCGACACUGGUCAAAAUAUCGCGCAAUGGUGGUGACAUUCCAGACGCCACACAGCAAGCGGCAGCCCCAACAACGCAAGGUUGCGACAGCGGUCAAGGCAUGCUCGGCCCGGUGGGCCUCUCUCACUUUUUUCCUCCCACCAACUCUGCCCUGCCUCCGUGCGCACGUAGUCGUCGUCGUCCUCGCCUGCUGUACUGUAUUGUGCUGCAGGCGGUGCGCUGUUCGUACCUACAGUAGCGCCCCUGACCACCUACUUACUUACGUACUACACGGACCAGAGUGCGCGACGUGGGUAGCUGGCGCUUGGGUGAAGCUGAAACAGCCCGGCAUGGCGACGAAAGGCGAGGCAGCUAUACACGUGGACAAAAGCAUUUUGUGUGCCACUAGACUUGACAGGCCGGACGGACGGAUAUGAAUCGAUCUCAUCGAGGGGCCUACUUGAAUCCCAUGAACGUGUAAAGCUACAGUACUGUAUUGUACGCUCC